AUGCAGCACGUUGACGAUACAUUCUACUCAUUGCGCUUCAAGUAUGGUGCGCAUACCAUUUUGAUGUUCGUCGACAGUCAGCAGAACUUCUCUGAAAUCACGACAUCACUGCUAGAGGUUCUCCGCGACCGAUUCCCCGAUGGCCUCACUAUUAGCCACACAUCUCCCGAGACUACGGCCCUUCCGGAUGGUGACGUGCAACUAGCCUAUGCUUUACCCGUCAACGCGAACGACUUGACACAAGGAUGGAAGAACAUCAAGGUCAAGAGCGAUGAUACACCUGUUGGAAGGGGCCUGCGUGAUGGUUGCGCUGUUGCAUUCUCCUUUGACGUCGACGAGCCCGAAUUUGUCGUCGAUGUGCCUAGCCUGGACGAUGACCUGGAAGAGGAAGAAGGCAUGGAAUCUGAUGUCUAA